AUCCAACAAAAGAUGGAAGUCUUAGACCCACGAACUACAUUAAUUAGCAACCAAGAGGUGCUUUCCUUGCUUAACCAAGCAAAAAUACAACAAAAAUAUAAUAGAGGUUCACAAAAUCAUAACACAAUUGUCUACGAGGCAUCAAAAUACUUAAAUGAUACUAAUGCUACUUUACAAAAAAGAGAAAAUAUUGUUGAUUUGAUUAACUCUCUCAAGAAGUUUAAGCUCACUGGAGCAGAGAUUAUACAAAUCGUGAAUCUCCGUCCAAAACAGGCGCUGGAAGUUCAGCUGAUCGUCGAAGAAUGCGAAGAAAGACUUUCUGAGGAAGAAUUGGAUGAACUUGUAGAAACAAUCUGUAGAAUUUUGCCAAAGGAAAAAUAA